UGUCAACAAACCACGAGGAAUGUCGACUGAGAGUGACAGGCCGAAAAUGUCGGACGCUUGCUCGUCUGUCUCACGGACUCCAUAACGACCGGACUAAGUCAUGCCUCUCACUUAAGUGGACAAGUCAACUCAACUGAUGUAGGACUCUCAGCACCAACAUGUUCAUUUUGUGUGGUGUGUUCUAGUUGAUUGAGGAAUAUUAAUUGGAGAUUUAUGGAAAUUAAUGAAACAUAAUGAGCUGAUGGUGGAAUUUUCUGUGUUGUUGUGUAUUACUGAGUCAGGUGUGGUGCUGCCACAGAGGCUGCAAUGGCCAACAGCAACCUACUCAGUCGCAUUAACAACAGUUUGCCGGAAGGUUGGGAGGCAAAGCUGACUGUUGACCACGGCAGAAUCUACUACAUAGAUCAUGGUAACCAAGUGUCAUCAUGGGUACCACCCCCAGACAACUGGGACCCUGGAGCUCUGGGACUUCCCUAUGGCUGGGAAUGUGCUACGGACAAAAACAACAAGCCAUACUACAUCAACCAUGUAGACAAGUACACGACCCGAGAUGAUCCCAGAGAUGAUCCGGACUAUGUGGAACCUCCCAAACCUCGUGAGAUUGAACUCUCACGCGACUCACAAAAAGGAUUUGGCUUCGUAGCGGGGAGUGAGAAGCCUGUGGUUGUACGCUUUGUGACUGAAGGUGGUCCAAGUGUUGACAAAUUGUUACCAGGUGACCAAAUCAUCAAAAUUAAUGGCGAGGAUGUGAAAAAGGCACCCCGACAAUAUGUCAUCGAUUUGGUGAGAUCCUGUCGGGAAACCAUGACUCUGACAGUUUGUCAGCCAUAUUCAGACAAUGGGGAUGAUCAGUCUACCAGGAAGUCCGCUCUCCUUACCGCAGCCAAGAAGGCCAAGCUGAAAAACAACCCUUCUCGUGUGCGAUUCGCUGAAUCAGUCACUGUCACCAUGGUGAAUGGUAUGCAAAGUCCAUCGCCAGAUGAGAGUUAUGUGCCUUUUAUGCCAAAUGUCCUCAAAGUGUUCUUGGAGAAUGGUCAGACAAAAUCAUUCAAGUAUGACAACAAAACAACAGUGAAGGAUGUAGCUAAUUCACUACAGGAGAAACUUGGGAUCAAGAGUGUCAAGUAUUUUAACUUGGUUCUGCAAAACAUGAAAAGUCACAUACCAGGUCGUCUUACCAUUCUACAAGACCAUGAGACACUUGCAGAGAUUGCAGCUCGACCAGGGGCUCGUCACUUCCGUUGUUUGUUUCGUGUGAUGUUUGUUCCCCGCGAUGCCUUUGAUCUUUUGAAUGAGGAGCCAAUGGCAUUUGAGUACUUCUACAUGCAGUGCUGUAAUGAUGUGGUACAGGAGAAGUUCCCAGAGCUAAAAGGAGAGACAGUGUUGAAGCUUUCUGCACUACAAAUACAACAACAUGCCAUGCACAACAAUGUAACAGGAAAAAUCAACAUUAAGGCGAUAGAAAAAGAAUGUGGACUGGAGAAGUUUGUGCCUUCCACACAAUUAGAGAGUAUGAAGGGUAAGGAUCUACGUAAACUGCUCAGUCAACAGCUCAAAGUGAACCAGAACCUCACACCACCUGGCCAGAAGCAGCUGUCAGCCCUACAGGCAAAGCUCCACUACGUAAAGAUUGUCAGUGAACUUAAGACAUUCGGUAGUCGUGUUUUCAUGGUCACUCUGCUGGACCAGAAGAUGGAGGCAAUGGUUUUAGUGGGACCCAAGUCUGGGAUCAGCCUCAUAACCAACAUCAAACGCUACACAUUAUCCAUGCUGGCCGACUUCAGUGAGAUCGAGAAGAUCAAAGUUUCCAAGGAGAAGGAUAAUAACAUGCAGAGAGUAGAGGUCACUGUCAAAGGCAAGGAAGCUGGGAUGCUAAACCUCGGCCUGCUGAAAGAUGAUGUUCAGAACUUUGUUGGAAUUGUGGAGGGAUACUAUCGUAUUUUUGUGGACACAGAUGCCUGCCUAGUGGAGAAACCUGCCAGCAAACAGACAGGCGACCCUGAUGUACCCCCCUACACCAGUAAACAUAAAGUUCUAACCACUCCAUGGAGUUAUCCGGAAGACAUUGUAUCACAGACUUUGACGGAACAAAUCACCGAGAACGAACGCCUCAUUGACCUCUGUCAGGGACCACCUGCCUACGAGGAUGAUGAGGAAUACAUCAAUCGCAUCAAAAUUGACCUCGGCAUUAAGAAGGGUGAGGUGAAUGAAGACGAUGCAGUUAUCUCCCUUGUGGAAGAGCAAGGAACUGACUUGGUGGAUGGAACGGAGACAAGUAUCAACAAAAGUGUGAUAAUAAUAGGAAAGAGACCUGAAAAUAAUAACAAGGCCAUACGCCGACAGGGGCCCCAGGAAGGGGGAGAUAUUCCUAAAUCAAAGAAACCCAAGACAUCCAUUCCUGAGUUAGGACAGAAUGGACAUGUGUAUCAUAAUGGUGAUAUUUAUGAUGAAAUCCAUGACCAAAAAACAGUUGUCAGUGGUGAUGAACUCUCCGAUACGGACAGUGGGGUGGAGUCGGAGAGAAAGAUAACCCUGGAGGACCCUCCUACUCCUGAGUCUGGGGUUCCUGGUGGGCAGGGUGACCAAGGAGGUAGUGAUACGGACAGCUGGGGCACACCUGUAAAUAAUCCUGACAAAGGUAGAGCACAGCCGCAAUCACUCCCUAUAUUUGAUGGAGAGAGUUUUGGUCUUCAUAGUCCAGAUGUGUUACCUCGGUCUGAGUCUGAUUUCCAGGCGAUUGCCUCAAGCUUUGGGUUGCUAAGUCCUGAUAAGAUCCCACCAGGAAUAGAGGAAGGAAUUCUUGAUCCUCGCAUGUUUUCUCAGCGCCAGCUUUACAUAGAUCCAGAUAUCAUAGCUUCAUGUAAAUCUGAAAUGAUUGAUUUGACACUGCUACCUCCACUUGAGGCCCCAAACAUGGGGAACACAGUAAGCCAUUAUGGUACGUGGAGCCCGGAGAUGUUACAGAGCCACCUACACAGUAUGGGUCAAGUUGAAGGUCACCCACCUGCUUUAGUGAGGUCAGCCAGUGUAGGCGACACACCUGAUUUCUUUGACGAAGAUAUUGAUUCGCUAAUCGCUAACUUAACAGUGCCACCACCUCCUUCUUCUGUUGAGGAAGGUAAAGGUACACAGGAGGAGGGAGGGCAGGUUGACGCCCACAUGCCAAUAGACGAGAGCUUUUCUGACCUUGUCAUCCCCCCACCCCCUGGGGAGUCAGUCACAGCUCUCCAACAUAUUGCAAUAGUUCCCCCUAUAGAAGGUCAAACUGAAGCUGAUAUUAAGAUGAGGAAGAGACACCAUAGACGUUCUAGUUCUUUAGACACAUUUUUCAUUAAAUUUCCUGUGGAGGAUGGUGGUACAGAAUCCUGUACUGAUCCGCCGGAGGACAUACCUCCACAACUGCCAGCCUCAUCACCCCCAAAAUUGUCCCCUUCCAGAAAUCCUCCGAAUGAGUUGGUCUUACCUAGUGGUGGGUCUCCACCCCUGAAGGACUUUGAAUCUCCAGCAUCAGUGUCACAAAGACUGAACACAUUACUGCAAUCUAUGCCGAUCCCUGGAGAAGAUUCUCAACGGUUCAGUAGAAACACUCGGCGCACAUCCUCACUCAAACUGUCACGCAGUUCAUCUGCGGACACUGCUAAUGUUGUGCAGGAGGCUAUUGAUUCUGUUAAUGCAGUUGCUGUUAAAUUUGGGAGGAGUAACUCUUUCCAAACAAGACACAGAAGACGAGAUGUGGACAAUCAAGGGAGAUCACCCUCUAGUCACAAAAAUGGACCAGGAAUUAGCUCCCCUGGUACAUCACAGGAUCACCAUUCACGGCGUCUACAGAGGACUCACUCGUUUGAUGUGAAGGCUAACAAGGAGAACCAUGACAAUAUAUGGUCAGAUAGUUCAGGCAGUGAUACGAGUGACACCCUGGCCUCACUGAAGGCCACUCUCAAAUCCUAUCGAGACUUCCUUCUCAGCAAGUCAAAGGAUUCCUCUCGAACAAAAGACUCCAGGCGAUCUAGUAUCUCUAGUGAUGAGGGAAGUGAAAAAAAUGGCAGUUCCUUACACAGGUCAAACUCCUUCACGCUUGGAUGGUUAAAGCGCAGGUCAUCCUUGUCAGGGUCUGAUGAUAAAGGUCGUAGGUCAGGUAGUGACCUGGCUUUAAAUAAAGAUCAACCAAUCAGAAAGAAAGAAGGUGUUGAAGGGAUUGACAAAAAGACGCCAGUGUUAAUGAACCAGUUAGCUGUAACAAGGUCAAAGUUAAAAAGUCACUCGGCUUUUUCAGUUCAGGAAGCAGAACACCUUAAGGAACAGAAGGGCAGUAAGAAGAUGGGACCAAUGAAAGCUCUUUUGACUGCGUCAGACGGCCAGAUUUCCAGCUGUGAUGAGCGGCGACCUCUGGAACCCCUCCGUCUGUCACUUUACAAUAAACCAGACCCGGUGGAAAUCACAACAAAGGAUGAUUUAUCUUUAUCAGUGACCGAAACAUCACAGGCCAAAAAGGACCUGAAAGUGAGUCCGUUUGGGACCGUGGGCAGCAUGUGGCGCCCCAUGUCCAUGUCACGCAGCAGUUCGUCCUCAGACGAGCCUGAGACUCACACAUACAACAACUUUGACCUUCUCAGAGACUUAUCUACAGAAAAGGUUACAAAUAAAGGUCGUACCUCGACCAAAGUGAAACAAGCCCCGGUCCCGGUCCCAGUCCCAUCCCCCGUACGACCUCCUCGUAAAACUACCCCUGCUCCCUCAGUAUCAUCGUCUGUUUCAUCCUCAUUGUCAUCCUCUCCAACCUCCUCUAUCAAUGGAGACAUUAAAGACUCCUUGUCUGAGGAUUGCUUUGCUUUAUUACGUGAGAAUGUCAGUAAAAAUCAUUCAGACAGUGUGAAACACAUUCUCAAACGGACGUACAGUGUAGAAAGUUUCGCAUGUGCCAAUGAGGACUCGGACAAGCUCUUGUCAGAACUGAAACAGACAAUGGAGACACUGAAAGAAUCGCGUAUCGACCGCCAGCCGAUACAAUUUGGAAUGUGUAAGGAGGAGUUGAUAGGUCAAGUCAAAUUAUUUGUGACUGAUGCCAAGCUCCUGGUCAGUAAUGCCACACAGACACGGGACAAAAUGGCCAAAAAUCUCAACAAAAGUAUGCACACACUUGCUAAAAUCUUCCUUCAUUGCCAAGCGACUAUGUUAAUGAUGGAAGCAGUUCAUCAGGCCCAACACCUUGGUUUUGAGGUGAUAAAGGUCACCAAUGCCUACAAGAGCACCGUUAACGCAGCCCAUGCAGCUGUUGGCAAACCCCUCGGUGAUCCUCAUAUGCGAUAUCUCAUGCGCCAGGCAACCAACCUAGCAACUCUACUUAGCAACUUACUGAAAACAUUGAAAUCAUUAGAGCAAAAAUGAUGCAUAACUUUUUGUAUUACAAUAUAUACUGAGAAACCGAUGCAUAAUUUCCAGGGGUAUAAUAGGCUAUUAUUUUUGUAUGAAGUAUGUUAUUGAGGAUUACCAGUGUUUUUGUUACCAAAUGUUAUUGAGUUAAAGCUUAAGACCAAGAGGAUUCUGUUACUAUAUAUAGACUGUGAUAUAAAGCAUUAUAGCCACUUAUGUCUGUUGUUUUCCACAUUCACCAAUACCCUUAAUCAGACUAUAUGUAACCAAAUACACUUCAAACGUAUGAAAGACUCAGAAUACAAUCGGGAGUUACCUGUAUCUAUGGUGACGCCCAAAGUUAGACCACAUUUAGCCAAACUGCAAUUUGAAACUUGUAUAGUAUUAAAACAAGCAACCUGGUCAUGAUGGCCCUUCCCUCACUCUUUGUGUCACAAAUAUUUUAAUAUUUUCAAUCAACAAUUAAGCAUUAAUUUCAAUCUCCAAAACUACUGCCAGUAAGAACUACAACAUCAGUGAGACAUUCCAGGGAUUUACAGCUACAUUCCACAGACAUGGGCUAUGUAGAAUCCUCACGCUUGUACAAGGCCUCCACAUAUUUGUCUGGUAUUUGCUCACAAUGAAUAAAUGAAUUGUAUCAUUUUGGGUAAUUCCUGCAAGAACAUUCUGUGUACAGACUAUUUACAAAUUAUCAGGGAUGCAAGCAUAAAUAUGUACUAGGAAAGGUUAGACUGUUCCAGGAUGUAAAAACCAAACAAACACGUGACAGGUGAACAAUAUUGACACACAUAUUAGACAACUGCUUAGAAUGUACAUCAUAUGGAGCCCUUGUGGUUUUAAUUGGUUCAUUGACAUACGUGAAUGAGGGAAAGUUUAAGGGUAGUUAUUAUAUAACUUGGUAUCUAGAUUAAGAUUUAACAUAAUAAGUUAUCAAAUUCAAAAUCAUGACCAAGAUGAUUGAGAUUUUUUAAACAAAAAAUAUCAAUUACCAGAUUGAUUCAGCAAGAAGCUCCAAAGUACUAGAUAUUAAAUGUAUCAGCAAGCACAUGAGAUACUUGAGAGAGUCGUUUUAUUCAUUAGGUUUCUCCAAGUCAUUUUUGUGAAUACAUGUUCCUUGUUUUUGAAAAGAUUGGCAAUAUAUUUCAAUAGAUUUGUAACCGAUCAUUAUUUAAGGUUUUAAGACAUUUAUAUUUGGAAUUCAUAUUGAGGAUGAUUAAAAUCAUAAAUUAAUGAGAGGAAACUCAGAAAAAUAAAGUGACUUUUGUUAUGUUACUAUGUAAGAGACAAGUGUUUGUUGGGUGGAAACUGUAUUAGUGUGUAUGAGAUAUGUAAGGUAUAACUUAUAAAUCUAGCUUACCAUAGGGAACACCAAAUCUCUGACCUUGAACACUAUUGUAUACUUCAUAAAGAGAAAUACAAUAACUGAAUGUAGAAUUAUUAGGACAUUAAUUCAUUAUCGUUGUAUACGUUCUUUAUGGUGGAAAACUCCUAAAUUACCUCCCUUAGUUAUUAGUGACAUUGACUUGUGAUACCAGAAACUUAUGUUGUCAGUGAUGACUUAGUUAUUAGUGACAUUGACUUGUGAUACCAGAAACUUAUGUUGUCAGUGAUGACUGCCAAAAUAUACCUGGUAAUGAAAAAUAUUACCCGUCAUCAACAUUUUAACUGCAUUUAUGUCCCAUGAUGUGCUCCUUCUUUCAUAGUUUAAAAAAAGUUAAUAAAGUAUAUCUGUUUUCUGUAUAAUGUAGUUUUGGUCAAGACCAACCCUUGUUUGAGACAGCUGGCUAACAACUGUACACAGAGAACAGAAAGGGAGGGGGUAAUAUGAUUCAUAAUGAUGGCUUUCUGAGAGUAAAGGGCAAUAAAGGGAGGUAAUAUGAUGCUAGAUUACUUGUAGUAAAGGGCAAAAACGGGUAGUUUGAGGAUAUAUGCUUGCUUCUAGUAGUAAACGGUAAAAUUUGGAGGUAAUUUGAUGUAAAAUGUGAGCUAACUGGUAGAAAAAUGAAUUAAGGGAGGUAAUCGUAUGCUAAAUAUUAAAGGGAGGUAAUUUGGUAGUUUUCAAUUGUUACAUAAAUUUUAUUAUAUUCAAUUGACCAGGUCAGAGGUCACUAGUUAAUCGUUAUCUCAACAUUAUUGUUCAUUACAGAUAAUAUUAUAUAUGUAUCAUUGUAUUAUAUUAUAUAUAUAUAACUUAACAAUUUAUUACAGAGAAUAAAAUACUCCACAAUAUUA